UGAUCUCUCGCUCUCUCUCUCAAUUCAGAGUUCUCAUAUAAACUCCAAGUCAAGUCUCUCUCUAACAUACCCUUGACACCACCGCCAUGGCUGUAGAUCACCCAACCACCCCCAAACCCUCCCUUCCCACUCAUUUAUCCACCCCAUUCCAGUGGCAGCAGGCUCGUCGGACACUUUUCUUCCUCCGCCGGCGAAAUCAUAAGGUACCCACAGUUCGCCUUGGAGGGAAGAAACCAAGACGAGGAUCAAUCUUGAUAGUGAAGAUCUUGAAGAAGAUAAGGUGGGUGAAGUUGCAGUAUAGGUGCAUGUUGAGGAAGCUAAGGAAACAAUACAGGAACUUGAUUAAGGAUAUGGUAGAAGCAGGAGCAAACAUUGAGGCUUUACAGCAACGAAUGUUUAUGGAAUCCACUUUCGCUCUCCCUGUUAUGGGUGUUUCCUUCUCUACUUUCCCUUCUGCCGCUGCAUCUGAUCGUCCUAAAACCUUGUUGUUUUGAAAUGUUUUAUACCCUUUUACUCUUUCUUUUUCUCUCAAUCUUCAUAAGAUAGUGAAAUCGAUCAAAAUGUAUACAUACUUUUGUUUUCUGCUGAUAUAAUAGUAUCCCUUCUAAUUA